AACAUUCUUCUUUUCCUCUAGUUCCGUCGGUAACCAGCUGUUUUGUACCGUCGUUCCCUUUUUCCUUUGGCUGCCUAACCGGCCACCCGAAAGAUGUUCCGAAUUGGAUUAAAAUUUCCGUGCAACGGUCUAAAUAGGGUCAAAAAGCAUGGAUCUUCCAGGCUGUAUUUGACAACUAGAUGUUACGAGACACGUGCACGAGUUAAAUACGACCCGGAAUGUAGAUUUUCCAAGGAUGUGGAGCUUGUAUCCAGAAUAUCUGGACAUAGGUAUUCCACGGAUUCAACAAAGAGGUAUUCAAGCGAGAAAAGUAGAGGCUCGAGAACACUGCUAACUCUAACUGCCGUGGCAAUAGGAGCAUCGGGUGUAUUGUUUUACACAAAGCAUAACCCGGAAUUCCGUGCAAAUCUUGAAAGUUGGGUACCUGGUACAGACAAAACAAUUCAGAUCAUCUUUCAGGAGGAAUCGUCCUAUUUUGAAUUCAUACGUACAUUCUUUGAAUCGUUAAAGCAAACAUUAUUAAGUGCCAUCUUUGGAGGAGAAUCACAAAAAGAAUCAGGUCAGAAAAGAUUAGAUUGCGCGAACCUUGAAGACUAUAUACCACCAAAGCCAGUUUUUGUACCACUCAUUGAUAAGAAGGAACCACCUAAUAACGAUCCUUAUACCGAAAUAAGAUUAAGUAAGGAAAAAGGAGAAGAAAUCGAAAUCGUGGCCGAAAAACCUCAGCCACCUGCCAAGGAUGUAUCCGAGGAAUUGAUGCCAGUAAAUCUGGUCGAACUGGAAACUUCUGCUGGCGAAACUGCGUCCAAAGCUAUCGCAGCUUAUCAAACAGCAGCGUGUGCUAUUCAAGAUUACAAUCAAGAUGUGAUAAAAGUCGUAGAAAGUGUUAACGCCACCGUUGGUAGCUCUGUCUGGAACAGACUAAAGGAUGCAACGGAGAAGAGGAGGGAGGCCAUUAAAGAGGCGGAAGAUCACGCCAAUCAAGCACUCGAUUCGUUGAAAAAGAUGUAUAAUUUAAUCGACGACCCUAAAUUCGAGGCGCCAUCACACAUGAAAACUGCCGCUCGAAGAAAUAUCAAGAAAAUCUUAGAUGACGUGGACGAAGCGAAGAAAAAGUACGAAAUGGAAAUACAAAGUAGCAAUAUGGCCGAGCGUUACUGGAAGCAAGUCAGAACUGCCCGUGAAAAUCUCAACGAAGAACUUCAGAUACUCUUCCCCGAUAUCAACAUUCAUGAGAAAAAAUUGGCCAUCGACGAAGACGCUUUUGACUUAUUCGUUCUACACAUGUAUAACAAAGUGAAUGGUUUGCAAAAGGAAUUGGAAAAAAUGAGGACGGUCAACGAAAGUAAACUCAAGGCAGCAUUAAAAUCAUCGGGCGAUGUAGCGACUCAGGAAAGACUCGACGCCUUGGUAUGCCUCGAGCUGGACAAGGAGAAGCAAGUUCUUCAGGACGAGUUUAACAAAAAGUUGCUGGAGGAGCAGAAAAGAUUCGAGGACGAGAUACGACGGCAGCUGAAACUGCAAGGGCAGGUGCACACCGAUCACAUUCAGGACGCACUUGCGAUAAAGGAACAGGAAGCGGAUAGGAAGUUGAAACGUGCACUCAGCGAGCAAACUGAGAAAGAUUCGUUAAAGUAUAAGUCACAGCUUGCUGCAAUCGUCGGAAGGUUACGUGGUUUGGAAGCUGCGCUGAAAGCUCGCAUGGAGGAAGAAAGGGGUGCAUCGAAUGCUCAAAUUCUUUGGUCAGCUUGCCAAGCCUUGGCUCGAGCUGUUAAAUCAGCGCCAGCAGGUGCGCCCGUAGAGGAUGUCAUCAGGCCUCUGGAACCGGAAAUCAAGGCCGUCACCAAGGCAGCACCCAAAGAGGAUCCUUUGGUGCAAGCAGCGAUUCAAGGCAUUCCAGAGGAGGCUGCGAAGAGGGGAGUGUUCCCAGAAGAUGUGCUUCGUGCAAGGUUCCUUAAGGUGGAAGAGGUGGCCAGACGAUUAGCCAUGGUACCCGAGGAAGGUGCUGCACUGCCUGUCUAUUUCCUUAGUUAUCUUCAAAGCUACUUGAUGAUUAAGAACGCCAAUCCCAUUCCUCAAAGUGAGAUCGAGGACAAGCCGAUUGAUGCGAGCAAUCUUAACACAUUCGAGAUUCUUCAUCGGGCCAGAUAUUGGCUCGAUCGUGGAGACUUCAAGAUGACUCUCCGCUACAUGAACCUCCUGAAAGGAGCGUCAAGAUCCAUCGCCAGAGACUGGAUGAACGAAACUAGGAUCCUUCUGGAGACUCAGCAAGCGGUGGACACGCUAUUGGCGUAUGCUGGUGCUAUAGGUCUAGUAUUCCUCGGCGCUGGAGAUUCGAAGUGUUCCAGCAAGCCUCACCUGGAAAAAGCCGUGGACCGACGAAGGGGGAGAAUGCUCGCGUGGAAACGCCGUCAAAGAAGAAGAAGAAUUCUCGCGCGGGAACGUCGUCAAAGAAGGCUGAGGACACGUGGAUGGACGUACAACAGCGUUCAGACUGCUAUCGAUCGUAUUCUCGGAUGGAAAUUGUGGGAAGGUGGGAAAAAGAUAUCUGGGAUUUCUGCGAAUGCGAAACGAGCGAAAUUUCAGGUUUCUUUGCAGUUAGACUCAAGCUGGAACGAGAAAACGAUCCUUCUGCUGCAGAGAGAUUCGUAGAAUAUUACUAUUACGAUUACAAUUUAACGAAUUUUUAAAAUCUGUAUUUCCCGCAAGAACCUUUUCACCGAACUUUUUGGAUAAAAAAUUACCUUUUGCCACAAUGGUGUAUGGUGCCGCGAUGUACGGAUAUUUAAUCAAUAAGAUCAUACGAUAUUUUCACGAAUGAGAAACGAAAAGCAUGACAUUUUUUCCGAAUACAUUCUGUAUUUUCUUUGGCUAUAAAGUACUGUGUAACGAUUAAGAGAAAUAUUA